AUGGGCGGACUUACCCCAGGCGAUAUCCUUGCCAUCACCGACAUCGAGCGGAUAUGUUCGGUGCUCUCGAUUCUGGGCAGCAUGUUCAUCAUCAUCACGUUUUCCUGUUCAAAGUCCUUUCACAGGCCCAUCAACCGGCUUGUGCUGUAUGCCUCGUUUGGAAACAUAAUGAGCAAUGUUGGCACACUCAUGUCUCGAUCUAUGAUAUACCGGGUAGACUCCUUUGGGUGCCAGUUUCAAGCGUUCCUGAUUCAACUUUUUAUGCCAGCAGAUGCACUUUGGACUCUCGCCAUGGCUGUCAAUGUCUACCUUACUUUUUACCACAAGUUCGACGCAGAACGCCUGCGCAAGAUGGAAAAAUGGUAUUUGCUCUGCUGCUACGGCAUUCCCUUUGUACCCGCCUUCACCUAUAUAUUCUAUCGGAAUGCCCAAGGGGAAAGAAUAUACGGUAAUGCGACACUCUGGUGCUGGAUUGCCAACCAGUUUGAUGUCCUUCGCAUUGCCACCUUUUACGCGCCGAUAUGGAUUAUCAUGCUCGUCACCAUGUCCAUAUAUGCCAGCGCAGGCCGCACCAUUUUCGAGAAGCGCAAGCAGCUCAUGGAAUUCAACGCCUCUACUAUCAUUGUUGAUGACCAACCGAUGGCGACAUUCAAGAAGACGGAAAUUACGAUCAGCAGUGACAAAGAUGACAGGGACGACAAUGAAGACAAUGACCAAGGGUCGCACAGCCACAUUGAACACGUGCAAAGGACACAAAGUAACAUCAGCGCUUACUCGGUCAACAUCUCUGCCGAUCGACGCCGCUCAUGCACCACUGCCGAGCUCACCAUUCCGGCUGCAGUCUUUCAGCCGCCGAAGAUGGCCCAGGUUCCGCCGUCGCAAGGCAGCUCGGUUCGCAGAUACAACUACGAGGUGAACAAUGCAGCGUGGUCCUAUACAAAAUGCGCCAUACUGUUCUUUACCGCAAUCCUUGUUACGUGGAUUCCUUCGAGCGCCAACCGCGUCUACUCGUUGGUUCAUAAGAAUCAAGUCUGCGUGCCGUUGCUGUACAUGAGCGCAUUCGUGUUGCCAUUGCAGGGCUUUUGGAAUGCCGUCAUCUAUACCGUCACGUCGUGGGAUGCCUGCAAGAGCUUGUUCCGCCGCUCCAUCACGACGUCGAAACCAGUUGACGCAGGGAUGACGAGACUCGGCAGCGACCAACAUGAACGAACCCCUGGCAUGUUGGAGGCUAGUUCUGGUUUCAACUUCUUCAAUGAAAGCCCUAGAAUAUCCGAAUCGGAGAGCAUCCAGGAACUAGGCUUGGCAAGAACAAGACUUGGCCCUGGCAAGUUUGCAUAA